AUGUCUAUACCAAGAUUCCUAAAAGUAACAUAUGGAGCAUACGAUAAUUAUAUUCCAGUCAGUGAAUUAAGCAAAAAAUCAUGGAAUCAGCAGUACUUUUCCCUGGCAUUUCCCAAACCACCAAGGCCAGGAAAGAAACGGAGAUCACUACCUUCCCAGUUACAGAACAAUACAGCUCCUGUAAUUGAUGAACAAAAAUUAGGAAAUCACAGACCACCAUUAUGGAUGCACCGUUCCCUGAUGAGAAUAUCCGAGAGACCAUCCGUUUAUUUAGCUGCCAGGAAGGGCCUUCCACCCAAACCACCUAGUUUUGGCAGGGGAGAGUCUAAAAGAGGGGGCACAGCCAAGCCUUUGGCUUCAGAUAAAAAAAAGAAAGAAGUGAAAGUGAAAAAAGGUGAAUUUGAAGCAAAAGAGAAGACAGCAUUAAAAACAGACAAGGAAGAAAGUCCCAAACCGGUUGCCAAGAAAAUUUCAAAGGAUUCAGAGAAAAGCAUAUCUUCAGAAUCUGAAGAAUCUGAAGGGGAAAAGGCUGGUGUGAAGAAAGCAGUCAACACCAGUAAAAAGGGCUCAAAGGGUAAAGAUUCAGCCUCAGAAUCUGAAGGGGAAAAGGCUGGUGUGAAGAAAGCAGUCAACACCAGUAAAAAAGGCUCAAAGGAUAAAGUUUCAGCCUCAGAAUCUGAAGCUGAGAAGGCUGGUGUGAAGAAAGAAGCCUCCAGGGCCAGUAAAAAAGGAUCAAAAGAUAAAGUUUCAGCCUCAGAAUCUGAAGCUGAGAAGGCUGGUGCAAAGAAAGAAACCAAGGCCAGUAAAAAAGGAUCAAAAGAUAAAGCUUCAGCCUCAGAAUCUGAAGCUGAGAAGGCUGGUGCUAAGAAAGAAUCAAAGACAGACAAGAAAGCCCCAAAGGAAUCACAAGAAACACUUAUAAGUACAGCAACUGAGAAAGAGGAUGAAAAGAAAGAGGAAAAGCCCAUUAAACAGGAUUCAAAAAGCAAAGAUGUGGUUGCAGAUUCUGCAAGUGAAAUGGGAGAAGUAAAGAAAGAGGGCAAGAAGAAGGAAGGGAAAAAGGAGAAGAAGAAAAAGAAAGACGGAGAAGGAAAAGAGGGUGGUAAGAAAGAGAAGAAAGACAAGAAAGACAAGAAAGACAAAAAAGACAAGAAAGACAAGAAGGACAAGAAGGACAAGAAAGACAAGAAAGAAAAGAAAGACAAGAAAGAAAAGAAAGAAAAGAAGGCGAAGUAG